AUUCAGAAACGGUGCAGCUUUCCACCGGUGCGGGACUCCGACGGGCAAAGUUGGCUCGGGCAGCAAGAAACCCGGAUCUUGAAAUAGGUCGCUGGCGAGGUUUAGAACAACGAGGCGUGGCGUUCUGUAUUAGCUCGGGUUAAGUGGGCACUAGCAAAGUAAGGGAGGUCUAUAGAUCCGUUCGAGUCCUACGUGCGGGAGUUGCAGCAUGAGCGCACUGUGCUUGUCACUUUUGUUGGCCUGUCAACCGGUCGUGUUUGCUGGAGAUAGCUUCACUGCAGACUAUACGGCCGAAAAUGAUCCAGCCUGGGGCCAGAAGCGGACCACACAUCCGAACGAGAUCAGCUACGAUGCGAGCGAAGCGAAGGUAGGAUUCUUUAGCGCACCGUCCUGGACGUACCCGAUCCGUGAUCCGCUCGGGCCACCGAACUGGCCGAUCGUAGCGCCAGCCUGCGGUGGACAGUUCCAGAGUCCGAUCAACAUCGUCACGUCCCGGGCGCUGGUGGUAAACCGUAAGGUACCGCUGGAGAUUCUCGGGCUGACCAGUCUGCCUUCGUCCAUUAUCGCCGAGAACGAAGGCUACUCGGUAAAGUUUACGCCACGCUGGAAUCUGUGCGCGCGUCCAAUGAUGCGCGGUGGACCGCUCAAGACGGCGUACUUCUUCGAGCAGAUGCACUUCCACUGGGGUCCGAACAAUAAGCAGGGUUCGGAACAUACGAUCGAUGGAAGGCGGUUCCCGCUCGAGGUACAUCUCGUGUUCUACAACGGUCUGUACGGUUCGUUCGACAAGGCGAAGGGCGAGGUGGACGGGUUGGCGGUGGUUGGCUUCGUGUAUGACGUAGUGGCGAGCUCGUCCAGCUUUUCGCUCAACCUGUGGUCGAACUUUUUGCCCCAGGUGCGUCAACCACGCUCGACGCUCGAGAUACCGUUUACCAGGGCGUUCUCGCUGCACAAUGUGAUCGGUUCGAUGGGUUGGUCGUACUAUGCGUACGAGGGCAGCCUUACGACGCCCCCGUGCCUCGAGACGGUCAACUGGAUCGUGUCGACCAGGCGGUUGAUUGUGACGGAACAGGAAAUGAACCGACUGCGUUCGCUGAUCGGAACGAACGGGCAACCGAUGGUGUUGAACUAUCGGCCAGUUCAACCGCAAAACACACGGCGCGUGUUUUUCUACUAGAAACUGGCUCGCGCUUGUAAGUGAUCGAAGUGUGCUGCGUUAUGCUGUGCGAUGCGGAUUGCAUACAGUUAGGCGUAAACCCUUUUUUUCGAAUCGAGACGGUGGCCGUUACGCUGUGCAUUGAGCGUUAAAAUGCGUUUUGGUAUUUUACGCUACCGGCAAUUGUCACGCGAAAAAGACACACCGUCACAAGGUUUUAGCAUGUUUAACUGUACCAAAUAAUUGUUCCUUUUGUGCUACAUAAUUAAUAAAGUAAGGUGAAAUCAAA